CGAUGUGGCUGGGCUUCUCCUGAGCGGGCGACUGUUCACUGCACUUAUUCGUCGUCAUCGCACAGGCUCGUCGUUUUGGACACUGACCAGCCAGCACACCGUGUUGCGCACAGACCAUGUCUGACUACACGAACUUGUGGAAUCUGGCAUCGGCCCCAUCCCAGUUCUCACAAUUGCCAGAAGAUGAACUCCUGGCUCUCCUCCAGAAACAGUUCCAACCCAUAUCGCAUGGAGCAGUCACUCCCUCAGACAGUAACAAGGACGGAAACGUAGACCCCGUAUCGAUCACAAAGCUCUCUUUAUCUGGCGUCACUCCAUCCACGGACGAUAGCAGCCCGAGCCCAUCCGCCAAUAACGUGGACUCAGUCUCAAGGCGUCAGUCGCACUCUUCAUACCCUCGCCAAGGCAACAAUCACGCGCAAGGUGACGAAACACCGGCACUCAAACGCAAAGCCUCUGAUGACGAUCUUGACGAGGAGCAUAACCCAAAGAAUAAGCUUGCUGUGGACGAGUCCGGGACCAAAAAGGGGCAGUCCUCCAAGCGAAAGUCGACAGGAAACUCUCAGGAUGAAUCGCGGUUACUUAAACGCAAAGAACAAAAUCGUGCCGCACAAAGAGCAUUCCGUGAACGUAAAGAAAAACAUGUCAAAGACCUGGAAGACCAAGUCGCAGCACUCGAAGCAAAAAAUGAAGAGGCUCAAACUGAAAACAACAAUCUACGAGAUCUCCUUUCCCGUUUGCAGCAGGAAAAUAUAGCUCUCAGGCAAGCUCAAUUUACCUUUUCUGUGCCAAAGUCUGCACCUCCGUCCGCAUCCGUCACCCAAGCCCCUUCCACCACCCCCAAUUCCAAUAUGCAUCCUCCGUCGUCAUCUCCAUUCAGCUUUUUCGGUGCACCAGAGCCAUCUUCUUUAGGCGGGGAUAUCGACUGGGGGACAUUGACGACUUUCGAUCCGGGCAUGUUGAGCAUGCUUGAUGAGCCUCCUGUUGGGGACGUCACCAUGGAGCAACAGCCACCGGACUAUUCAAGUUCGCCAUUCGGUCAGUAUGCCCUCCCGCCUCCGAACCAAUAUCGCACCAUUGCGAGUAGCCCCUGGCUCAUGACAUUUGCGGACACCCCUGAGACGCCUUCGACCACGACCGCGGUAACAACCAGUCCGGUGAGCAUGAACGGAACGAACGGAGGAAAUGCGUUCGAUGCAUUUGGAUUUGGUAGAUUUGGUCUUCUACCAUCCUCGAAUCAGGCAUGGCCACCGUCAACCGGUCAAACGCUCACGCCGGCGAAUUUUAACCAACACUUCGCCCCAUCUAAUAAUGGAUUAGAUGAACUCUUUUCGGGCGGCAUGUUCCCGAAUGGGGCGCCGCAGGGGAACAGGAGCGGGCAAGAUAGUGGGGGGCCUAUGGAAUUCGGGACUACAUUCGUGGACGAUUCACUUCUACCUCCGAGCAUCAGUCCAGUAUCUCAUGCAAACGGUAAUGCGGGUUCCGCCAGGAUCGGUGGUGCGAACGCGAAUGUUGGUCCCCAGCCCAACGUGCCCUCUUCAUCCACAUCACCUGCGUCGUCACCGGAUAUACAACGAUCAAACUCGAGCCCGUCAUUGCGAAAUAAUACAGCAUCAUCUUCCCCACUCACGUCCGUAUCUGGAUCUAGGCACGGCACUGAUGGUGGUAAUGUAACAGCAGGCGAAAGUAACAGCGGCCUAAAGAAACGAAUUACGAGGGAAGACGUAGCAAAACACAUUGCAGCAUGCGGAGAGUCACCGUUCACCAGCCCUUCAGUGGGGUGUUCGACGAUCGGUCUAACCCCGGAGUCGGAAAGCAGAGGCGAAGAAUCGAGGGUACUCCGCAAAGCGAGCGACGUCACUCAGGGCGACAUUAUCUCAUGUCAGGGCUCGCGUUUCCCGAGGACGGAAGAAAGUCCGGAUAACGUCGAGGUGCUACAGGCUUGGCGAAGCAUCACUUCCAGCCCGUGCUUCAAGGAUGCGGAUGUCAACCAACUGUGUACCGAAUUCUCCAAGAAAGCGCGGUGCGAUGGGACAAAAGUUGUGUUGGAGCCGGAGGGUGUACGUCACAUCAUAGAAAAGUUUAAGAUGAACGGUCCACAUUGUAUGCCAAAUCCGCAGCCGCACGCUCAGCAAGAGCAGCAGCACCUACAACAUAUACAGUUGCAAUUACAGGGACAGCUAUGACGAUUCCUCGGGAACGGCACAGAAGCAGGAGUCUUAGAAUGUGCUGGACCGAUAGGAGGACCCACAGUCAGACGCCUCGGACGUGCAUUAUAUCUGCAGAACUGUGCUGUUGAACUCACGGGAUCAAGGUCGGACUUGACUCGGAGUAGAUGCGACGCCUUGUUUCAUGUGCUACCUACCUCUUUCACAGCUUCGCACGAUUAUCCGUCCACAUAUUUAUGUGCUCGGGUGAGAUGUGCAUGGUGUUAUCACGUUUCUUUUUUCUCUUUCUUGUUCGCACAUCUGUACGUGUAUUAUUGUUGUCUUGUGGAUAAGUCAUUUUUCCAAGGUUGCUAUACUCUACAUAUUGCAUACGUAUACGGUCGUCUAUGAGCCGUCGGUCGCCCUAGAUAAACUUAUUCCGUCUGUCAGGGUACUCACUUGUGUGGCAUACGGUCU